AUGGCUGCAAAGUCUUACCAAGCAGACUUUAAAAGGUGUUACGGGGGUCGACUUUCCAAUCUUUCUCAUAAAACGACAGAGAACGAAAUUCAACAAAUUUAUGACGAAUGGGCAAAGGAAUAUGAAAAGGAUGUUGUUGUUGUGGCACGCGCAAUUUUCCACAAGCCACUGGCUGAGUCUUUGGAUGAAGCCAUUCGGAAAUUUCUCGCUGGGAAAGAAAAAGAUGAAAUGAAAAUAAUAGACGCCGCAGCUGGUACAGGACUGAUAGGAGUCGAACUAAAUAAACUCGGCUACACCAAUCUAUGUGCUUUGGAUAUUUCACCAGAAAUGUUAAAUGAAGCAAAGAAAAAAAACGUCUACAAAAAGUUUAUAUGUUCCUCUUUAAGUGACAGGCCAAAUCCUGAAAUUGCACCAGAAGAAUUUGAUGCUUUGAUUUGUGGGGGCUCAAUGCUUGUAGGACACAUCGGUCCAUCGGCGCUCAUAGAGAUGAUCAGAAUAAUAAAAAUCGGUGGUCUGGUGUGUUUCAACAUCCGAGAUGGGCAACUAGAGGACUACCAAGAGAAGAUAUCGGAAUUAGAGUCAUUGGGAUCGUGGAAAUUAAUCUCAAAAACGUCAUUGCCAUUUUUUGAAAGCGAUGACAUGCCUAGAGAAACUUUCCUGUUUAUAUGUCAAGUCUUGGAUUCUGCGAGGUGAUUGUGCAAAUGGAAAGCGUGGCGUUCUGAAUGAUACCGCUGUGACUGAGACUGGGAUAAAGACGUCCUUACUAAGCUUCCAAAUGUUUAUAACAACGAAAUUUUAACGUUGCACAAUAAAAGCCGACUUCGAAUAA